AGCCGGGAGACGCGGCGGAUCGUCCCCUUCCACCUCUCCCCCUCCUCUCCCCGGUGGGUCUUUGGAACUCGUUCGCAUGGCAGUCACGUCCGGCAGUGGGAGCGUCGCUGGGGCUUCAUCGAGUGAUGAGAGAACAGACGUCAAAACGGCCUUAUGAAUAUUGAUGCGGAGGCAAGGCUGCUUUCGUAAAGGAGCAGAAGGAAGCAAGAUGGCUGCCCUUUAGGAUUGGAUCGACAGAUUGCUUUGGCUGGAGUCGGCGAGGCGGAGGGACUGUCGAAGGAGAUCCAGUAAGAGGAUAACCUUGUGGAUGGCCCUUGAGUAAGCCAGAUGGAACAGGACAGAACUAAUCAUGAUGAAGGCAAUAGUUUAAAUCCUUUUUUAAUUCCACAUCCUUCUCGUGUUUGCCAAGCUGAGCCUUUGUCAGUGAAGCUGCACAAUGGAAACACAUCAGUGGGAAAGAUCUACAGUGAACUGAAUGGCAAUCCUAUGUGGCUGCAUGGGAAGGCCAACUAUGGAAUGAAGCAUCCUGCAACGAGGAAUGAGAGUAGUCGAAUAAGCCCUGACCUCCUUCAGCAAAAAAAACAUUGCAGUGGGUAUUUGCAAAACGGUGGGAUAAAACGCACUUUUAGUGAGCCUUCUUUGUACGGACUACACCUGAACAAGAAGCUUAAACAAGACGAAGAAGCAAAAAGAGGACAAGAUGGCACAUGCGCUGUCAGCAACCAAGCAGGUGCUUCUAAUUUGUGCAGUGAGAAGGAUGUUGUGGGUUUUGGAACAGAACAAAGUACAUCUUCAGUUCUUAUUCAGUCUCUAAGAUGCAACUCUGGUGCUUCAGAAACUUCUCCAGCUCCCCAGAUUCAGAACGAACAAGGGGAUGAAAAUAGCAGCUGCCACAACAGGGACAUUGACAUGGCAUAUAAGAACAAGGCAACUCCAAUGCCUAAUGGUGCUAUAGUUUCUGCCUCUUCCAUGGGAAACAUGCAUGGUGAAUUCCUGGAAAAAACGUCUCAGUAUAAUCCAGAACAUGUUUUCAGUGGAACGCAGACAACUACAUCUUUUACAAAUGCCAUAAAUACUCGGGCUAUUAAUGUGUUGACAUGUGGCACAUCACAUUUACUGCAUACCUCAGGGCAGAUAAGUUCCGCUCAAACCUCAAACUCUGAGCUGCCUCAGGUGCUAGCUUCUGUAGCUACUGAAAUCCACGAUAUAGAAAACUCCACUAAAGGAUCCAUCAUACAAGCAAGCACCAAUUUUCAUCAUCCAGAAAUAAUGAACUCAGAGCAGCCAAAGUCAGGAAAUGCCUACCAGCCACCUACAAACAGCCGUGAAGUUUCAGAAAACGCAGGGCAGGUCCCCAGUCAGGAUUUCUCACUCAGUUCUAACAACAAUCUGAAGACUCAUGAUAGUAGCUCAGAGGUUUUGUCACAACCAAGAGAAGAAACCGGUGCUUCCUUCCAACAAGAUUCCGUGUUCAGGAAUGAUUCUUUUAAUCUACCCCCUAUUGCGCCACCUUCUCCAGGGCAGGAAAUGAACUGUGUGCUCUCCGCUGCAGGUUCAGAAGAUCCUAGAAAUAUUUUCAAUCUGACAGAAGAAAAUAACAGAGGGCAGCAACAUCAUCAGGGAGAGCAUGCAAAAAAAGUGUCUGGUUUUUGCCAACAAACUCUCAGUUCUCAACAGGAUCAUCAAUACAAGAUUCAGGCUUCACAAGGAAAUGGGAGUGAAACAAAUGUUGAUCUCAGUACAGUAAUAUUGGGAAUAAAGCAGCAAGAUCCUAGUGAAACUCAGUCCAAACUGGAGUCUAAAAUUCAGGAUCCACAAAGAUUAAGAAACAGUAAAGAAUUGCAACACUUUCCACAUCUUCUGAGCCAGAUUAAUCAGCAGACUACUCUUGAUCAUGACAAAGAUCUGGUGAAAAAUCACUUAGAGCAGUCACAAACCCACUCACAAGCUUCUUGGAUGAGAAUGACUUCCCCUCCCUUUCACCCCAGUGAUUCUUCCCCAAAAUCAAAUGAAACACUUUUGAGGACCAUGCUUCAGCUCCAGACAAAUUCACCUGAGCAGACACAUCCAAAACAAUAUAUUAGAGGUUCCAAUGAAUCAAAAGGAGUCAUAGGACAAUCUUGCUACCAGAACAUUAUGCAGGGUGAGCAAAUACCAGCACUAUUCAAAAGUGAAGGAGCACAACUGCCUCAUCAUUUUACUCCUGAUUUGCACGUCCCAUUCCAAAAGCACUCGCCACAAUCCAAAAAGAUGAAUGAUCAGCAGCAAAAUUCAAGGCACUUUAACCUUCAACCACAAUCUGAACUCCACCUUGAACAGGCUUUGAAGGCACCAUUAAAACCCCAGCACUUAGAUCUUCCAUUUGAGGAUGACCAAUUCAUACAUUCACAAAUUUUGCCUCCAAUACUCCAGACUCAGCCAAUACAACCACCACAGAAUUCACAAGUAACAAUGAACCCCACACAACAAAUAAAAACCACAAAGUUGUCCCAAAUCUUCCCCCAGUCAAGCAACAGCCAAGAGCAGCAAGGAGAAGGAACAUCCUUAAAUCGGCUUAAAUUAGAAGAGUGCUUUGAAGUGGGAAGUAAUUACUACAAAUCAGUUGAGUUCCCAGUACAGGUUCCCCAGACCAGAGUGGACCAUAUUUCAAAUACAGCCAACAAAAUAUCCCAUUAUAAUCAGACAAAUAAUGUAAUGAAGCAUUCCUGCUCAAACAACAUGCAUUUGGUUUCCGAGAAGAAGGAAGAUCCCAUAAACGCAGACCUCUUAACUCAAAAUAUAUCUCGCAACCUGCAGCACAUGCAAUAUUAUCCAAAUAGCAUAACUCCUAACCAAGAUCUGCCCCAGGGCUUUCAGGAACAAAACCCCCCAUCUCCACCAACUUCAUUUCUACACCUGCCCUUCCAGCAAACACAGGAAUAUUCUCACAUGACUACCAACAUGAAUAACUCACAAGCUAGUCAGAUUCAGCCAACUUACUCACCCUACAGUCAGCAAGCAGCAUCCCAUGCAAUAGAUCAGAGUCAUGGGCACUGUCUUCCCUCGCAACCUCACAAAGAUUUUCAAAAGCAUGCUGCUAUUAGAUGGCAUAUCUUGAAUAAACAGGCUAAUCAAAAUAAAGCUGAGUCAUGUCAAGCUAUGGGCUUCAAAUCUGUCAAAACUGAAACCGGCUCAAAGGUGAAUGCUUGCCUUCCUCCACCAGUUGGACAGUUGGAAAACAAACCAUGGAAGAAAGCAAUUAAACAAGAGGUUCAGCACUUUGGUUGUGAGAACAUGCAACAAAGGAGUAUCAUUGAAACCAUGGAGCAGCAGUUGAAACAGUUUCAGGUCAAAACACCCUUUGAUCACAAGUCCCUUACUAUCAAAUCACCCAAACAGGUCAAAAUUGAGGCUGCAGGACCCAUUACUAUUCUGACAAGGAAUUGUAAUGGUACAGAUUUCAACAGCCACGCCACCUCUUUAGAACAACAAGCCAUUCAUUCGAAUGAAAAAACACCAACCAAAAGAAGUGCUGGAACAGCCCUCAAUAAUUUCUUGGAAUCACCUUCUUCGUUACUAGAUACACCUUUAAAAAACUUGCUGGACACACCUGUCAAAACCCAGUAUGAUUUUCCUUCCUGUAGCUGUGUGGAACAGAUAAUUGAAAAAGACGAGGGCCCUUUCUAUACUCACCUUGGAGCUGGUCCUAAUGUCGCUGCUAUUAGAGAAAUAAUGGAGGAAAGAUAUGGGCAAAAAGGCAAAGCCAUCAGAAUAGAGAAAAUUGUCUACACGGGAAAAGAAGGCAGAAGUGUUCAAGGCUGCCCUAUAGCUAAAUGGGUGAUUCGUCGAAAUGGAACGGAAGAAAAACUUCUUUGUUUAGUGCGAGAACGUGCAGGCCACCACUGUGAAACAGCUGUGAUAGUUGUACUUAUCUUGGUGUGGGAAGGAAUACCUCAGAGCCUAGCAGACAAGCUGUACUCUGAGUUGUCUGACACUUUAAUGAAGUAUGGCACACUCACAAACCGGCGGUGUGCACUCAAUGAAGAACGAACCUGUGCAUGCCAAGGUCUAGAUCCUGAGACUUGCGGUGCUUCUUUUUCUUUUGGUUGUUCCUGGAGUAUGUACUACAAUGGUUGCAAAUUUGCCAGAAGCAAGAUCCCAAGAAAGUUUAAACUAUUAGGCGAUGAUCCAAAAGAGGAAGAAAAGCUAGAAUCCAAUCUGCAAACUUUGUCAACUCUGAUGGCCCCCACUUACAAGAAACUGGCACCUGACGCCUAUAACAAUCAGAUUGAACAUGAAAACAGAGCUUCUGAAUGUCGUCUGGGUUUAAAAGAAGGUCGUCCAUUCUCAGGGGUCACUGCCUGCUUGGAUUUUUGUGCUCAUGCUCAUAGAGACCUACACAAUAUGCAGAAUGGUAGUACAUUGGUCUGCACACUUACCAGAGAAGACAAUCGUGAAAUUGGCCAAACACCAGAAGAUGAGCAAUUGCAUGUGCUACCCUUGUAUAAAAUAUCCAAUGUAGAUGAGUUUGGAAGCACAGAAGGUCAGGAAGAAAAAAAGCGAAAUGGUAGCAUCCAGGUUCUUAGUUCUUUCCGACGAAAAGUAAGGAUGCUGGCAGAACCUGUGAAAACCUGUCGGCAAAAAAAAUUGGAAGCCAAGAAAGCAGCAACAGAAAAGCUGGCCUCCAUGGAGAAUGGGCCUAACAAACACGAGAGAGAGAAACCAGCCACAGCACGUCAAAAGCAGGUCAAUGCAGAAGCAUCAGCUCAUAGCAAGCAAUUAGCAGAUCUUUUGCAUCUUUCAGGAGCAGCUGUGCCACAACAGCAACUUUAUCAACAUCCAUGCCAGGCUCUUCCUUCUAAACCUCAGUCAAAUCAUGGCAAUUUAUACUCUGCUUCUGACCCUACCAAUCUCUAUAUGAGUCUUGCUAAUCCAGCUAAUCCAUAUUCUAACUCUACGCAUCCUUCCAAUCCUUAUGGAGGAUCCAAUCCAAUGAAUAUCUACCAAACUUCAUCACAACCUACAGGACCUUAUUUGAAUUCUUCCAGCCUCAUCAAUCCCUAUUCUAUUCAUUUAGGUCAAAAUAACCAGUAUCCUCAUUACCCAUGCAAUGGAAGCUUAUCAAUAGACAAUUGUUCUUAUUACAAUUCCUAUUCUGCUCAGACUCAGCAUAUGGACUUGUUUAGCUAUCAGAACCAAGAUUCUCUGUCUAAACUAAGUCUACCUCCAAUACAUACAUUGUAUCAGCAUAGGAUUGCAAAUAAUCAGAACUUUGGGCACAGGUACUUGAAUUAUGGAAACCAAAAUGUGCCAGUAGAUGCUUUCAACAAAUGCACCUUUAGACCAAAUGUUCACCAUGCAGGUUCUUUCCCAUCUUACGCCCAGCAUGAGACUGAUAACCCUUUUAUGGACAUCACCUCCAGGCUGAAAUCUAAUCUGAAUAAUCCAGGUGUGGACUUCAUGAAUAAAAAUGGUGACCAUCUGUAUCCCCCAGCACACCUUGCCCAUGACUAUCACAGCCUGUUCAAUGGCUCUUCUCAUUCACUCCAUCUCCAGAACAAAAAUAGUCAGGCAGCCAAUGGGCUGUCAAACCUCUUUCCAGAUUUCAACGCUAAUAGAACUACUUCCGAAGUAGGUGCAAAUAAAACAGAGGCACUCAAUGCAGAGGACCCUGAUGAUGUCUGGUCAGACAAUGAGCAGAGUUUUCUGGAUCCAGAAAUAGGUGGCGUUGCAGUGGCCCCAUCCCAUGGAUCAAUCCUUAUAGAGUGUGCUAAGCGUGAACUCCAUGCUACAACUCCCGUGAAAAACCCCAACAGGAAUCACCCUACAAGGAUAUCACUUGUCUUCUACCAACACAAAAGUAUGAAUGAGCCAAAGCAUGGGCUGGCUUUGUGGGAGGCAAAAAUGGCUGAGAAGGCAAGAGAAAAAGAAGAGGACUGUGAGAAGUAUGGUCCAGAUUAUGUGCCUCAGAAAGUACAUGGCAAAAAAGUAAAACGGGAGCCUGCUGAAUUAAACGAGAACCUGGAACCAACCUAUUUUAGAUUUAUCAGGUCCCUUGCACAAAGGACGAUGUCUCUUACCACAAAUUCCACAGUAACCACAUCUCCAUAUGCCUUUACACGGGUUACAGGGCCUUAUAACAGAUAUAUAUAAAAGUCACCUUUGUUUAUUACCUCAUCCUUUUAAAAAAAAGUUAGUAAUUAUUCCCUUUAGAUUAGAUAGAGUCUGAGCAAGACACAGUAUUUUUCUUUUUCACUUGUCAUUGAGGGGAUCUCCUCCAUCCCAGCAAAAUAAGUAAUUUUACCACUGCAUCUAUUUGGAGAGCUGUCACAAGUCACAAUUCGAAACUGAAACCAAAGUAUCCUAUGCAAAAUGAAGACGACAUAACAACCAACUGGGACUGAAAUACUGCUAUGACUACUGGUAAAAAAAAGAAUGACCAUAAUUUUUUUUUAAUGUACAUCUAUAACCAUUUUGCUCAGGAGCAGAUAAAGCAAGAGAGUGUGUUUUUGUUUUUAAUGGUGAAAACUCUGUAGUGUCUCUUCUGCAGAAAAUUGAAGAUUCUGCUAGGUGCUAAACUGAUGGUAUACUGAAAUGCUUACUGGAAAUGUAGUUUUUAGCAUGGAACAUUUUGUUUGUUUGUUUUUUGUUUCGCUUUGUUUUGUUUUGGCUAUGAUUUUAACAUAAAUUAAUGUUAAUCAGGAUAGCUACCCUUACAACAAAAGCACUGAAUUUGUUUCGGCUAUUCUAAAACGUGGUGCUAGAUAUAAAAAUGGUGUCUACUGCAGCAUUUAGACAAGUUUUAAUGUCUUUUAUUAGCACUAGAUAGGAUUUUUAAAAAAUCCUGCUCUCCUUAAUCCAUAAACAAAACGUUUACAUUUGUGAUGACAUCCACUUAAUCUGAUUUUUUUUAAAAAAAAAAUCAGCUACAACUCAUUGUUUAAAGCAUGGGUGUCCAACCAAUAGCUGUGGGUUGGACGCACUUGUUUUAAAGCAUGGAAACCUGGAUGAAACAAGGGCAAGAUCCAACAAAGCUAUUGUAUGAGCACUGCAGGCAGAAUGUGCCAGUAGCAGCUAGAAUAAUGAAAGGAAAAAGGCACCUUUUUAAACUAAGAAGACCUCUCCCUAUUCAGCCCUAGAAGAAUUAAUCCUCACACUUCAAUGGCUGAACCGUGGAAUUGAUGGCAUCUCUCAAACAAACAAAGCUUAACCAUUGGUUAGUACUGGGGUAUGCAUCCAUUCUGGUUUAUCUACAGGAACAGUUGAAAUAUUAAGGUCCUGUGUUCAGCAUCCCCAUGUUCUGUAGGUGCUAUAGCAGUGAUGGCAAACCUUUUUGGCACUCAGUGCAUGCAAAAUGCAAUAUAAACUUCCUAAUUAACUUUAACAAAAAAGGAUUUAGAUGACACAGUAUGGGUAUGAUCAGGCUUUAUUUUGCCUGUUUCUGAUUUCUCACAGUUUCGGUGCUGGGCAAACCAGUUGCUCUAUUAUGUGAUGCCCAUCUCUGAUCCUUUCUCAAUCUAUGCUAACAUUUUGAGGAAUAUUUUCCCGGUGGCUUAAUGCCCCACAGAAUUGCAAAUAAGAAAAGAAACUGGUCUUCUUUUAUUUGAAUAAAGCGAUUGAAGAUAACAGUUUUAUUUUGAUUAUCAAAUCAAGAUAAAACUGCAAAAUAUGCAAAUAAGGCUUACAUGGUACAGCCCUGAAUUCUCAUUCUGCUACUUCUCCGUGCUAAAUAAGCUUUGUUGGAUCUCACCAGAAUUCAUUUCAUUUGGCAAAGAUCUGAUUAAGAGCAGCCAACAAUAGAAAAAUGUUUUGUGAAUGGUGCUUGAAAAACUCUUUAGAUGUUGUUGCAGUGUUGCCACUGAAUAAUAUUAUCUGGGUGCUAAAACUUUCCAGACAUUUACUGUAACAUUAAAAGAAACUUAUUUGAAUAAAUGUAUGCAGUAUAUGCAUAUUAAAUUCAAUAUUACCUGGAAUCACUGGGAGUCGGGUAGCAUGUACUUUUAAUAACUUAUUGUUAGAUUGUAGAGAGUAAUCUGCAGUUAGAAUCAUAGUCCAAGAUUGGUGAAAACUUAUUAAUUCAAGACUUAAUGAAGAACUUAAGAAUUAUUAAGAUAGUACCUUAAAGAUGGAGCCCGUUUCCAGCAAAGUGGCUUUCUGUAAAAUUAAGAUAUUCAGGUUCAAUAAAUUCAAGGUUUCCAAAUGUUCAGUAAAUCCUUUAGGUUAGGCUCCAAGGGCUGCAAACAAGAUUGUUAUAACAGCAGAUUUCUUUUCCCAUAAAUGUUCAACUUCUACAAGCGUUCAACAAAUUACAAUUAUUGUUAUUACAAUCUUUUGAUUAAAAUAACAAUAUUGGGGCAAAUUUGAUUGGGGCAAAUUUAUAUAAGAUGGAAUGGGGAGAAGGUAUUUGUAAUUGCAAACAGCAGGACAAGGUUUUUAAGCCAAUUAUAGACACAAACUGAAAACCAUUUCUCAAACACUCGCUAAAUAAAGAAUAGAGAAAAAAUAAAUCCUUUAUUUACUCUAUUCAACCAGAGGUAACGGGAUUAAAAAAAAAUACAAGCUUUGUGUUUUGGUGCUCGUCUUACACAGGUAUAUUGUAAAUAUUAAUUUUAACUAUUUUAAUGAAAAACUCCUUUCUGAAAUAGUACACAUUUUAAGUUUUUAAUAUAUAUAUAUAUAUAUGUCACAGAUACAAAAACGUGUUAAACUUGACCAUUUUGCCAUGAUUUUGAGCUACUUUUUAAAGAUCCAUAGCAUUCUACAGAUGAUGGUUACUGCUUUAUUUAAUCAUGGAUUAUUUAUGUUAUGGUAUAUGGCACUGCUCAGUGUAAUGUGGCCAUAUUUUCUAGGAAAUGUUGAGAAGGGUCAACACAAAGAAAUACAGGGUUGUACUGUAGGAAGUUAGGGGCUUGGGGAGAAUACAGUAGAGGCAGCUGGCUUGCUGUGAUGGUUUUUAAUUUGGUAGUUUGUAUAAAAGUGUAAGCAAAACAGAUGUAUAGUAACUUGUAAACAAUUUUAAAGCAAUGUUUUAGUAUUUUAAUAAUGUACAAAUAUAUAAAUAUAUAUUAUAUAUCAAUAUAUAUAUAUCUAUAUCUAUAUAUGGAUUUGGAACUCAACUCACAUCAUGGUGCUACUUGGCCUGUUCUCUAAAAAAAGUGUGCUAAAACCAUGUUCAAAUUAUGUUUGAAUGAUGCUCCUAUUUGUCAUAUACCUCAAUUUUACUUGGCAGUAGGAUUUUAAAUGGUGAUAUAUAAGAUAUCAUGUUCCCCUGAUUUUCUGCUUCGCUAAUAUUUGGGAAAAAGAAAUUCUCACUACUUGAUAGCAAGUGUAACUUGAAUUUUAACACAUAGUUUUGUUCUAAAAAUUCAGGGAUAUAUCCUCUCACAAUUUCCUUAGUAAGCCAAUGUAUCAUCUGUGAAUGUGUAUGUAAAAUUUUAUUGUACAGAUUGAUAAAUAUUGUUGAACCCUUUUUUAAAAUUCUACUUUAUUUUUGAGAAUCUCAACUGUUUUUUAAUUCUGCUUCUAACUUUUACUUGUAAAUGUAUUAAUGGCAAAUUUUGCGGAGUAAAUCCAUUUCUUCUUUUUUAUAACAAUGGAAGUGCAUUUUUAAUAUUGUAAACUCUGUUUUGAGGUUUCUUAUUUUACAUCCUCCCCCUUUGCAUGUCACAUAUAAAAUAAAUCAUAGGUUGCACUGAACUGACAAGAGGACAAAGUAGGUAUUUGGCUGCUAACCAUUUGCAAGAAGGUUGUGCCUUUUCCAAAUUCUAUAAAUAGGUUUUCAAUGGUGAUUGCAGUUUUAUUUCAUGGGCUUUGAAGACAGAGCUUAAAGAACAGAGAAAUUCAUGGAGAAAAGACUACAAGAAAGACUACCAGCCAUGACAACUGUAGACUACCUUUAAGGUUGGGGGUAGCAUAUAUCUGAAUGUUAGUUCCUGAGAUACAACAUUUGGGAAAGAAGUAUAGUAUUUGUAUUCUGUAUGCAAUUCUUUGCAUCCGGUUGGCUAUUGUGAGAAAAGCAUACAGGACUUGUUAACUUUUCGUCUAGCCCAGUUGAUCUUACAUUAGGCAUAGGCAUUUCUAAAAUAUGGCAGUA